AUGGAUUUUGAUUAUUUAAUAUGGAAGAAGAUCGACGUUCUAACAAGAAAGGAAGAACCUUGUUGUCUUUUUUUUCAAAAAGUAAUAAAUCUCAAGAUUCUCCAAUUCCUACGGCGCCCAUUCCUCCAAUUUCAUCCCCAGAAGUUGUACGGCCUUCAUCUUCCAAUCUUAAUACGGGACCUUGGAAAAAGAAAACAAAUAUGUGAACAUCCACGUAACGAACGCGGUCAGAUUAGGCGAGCUUAUCUAAAUGUUGGACCUUAUCAACCAAAACCUUUGGAGCAUCAGAGCAAAGAAUGUGGAAAGCAGAAAUGUCGAUUUCAGGAACGUUGGUACAAUCAGUUUCCUGGGUUGGAAUAUUCGCCUUCAACACAUAAGGCAUAUUGUUUUUAUUGUUUCCUCUUUCUCAAUGAGAGUACUCCACCUAAUAUUUCAUCGUUGGUUACUAUUGGGUUUGAUAGCUGGAAGAGGGUUAACCAAGGAAGUAAAUGUGCAUUUCUUAUUCAUGUUGGUACAACAUCUUCGUCGUUUCAUAAUUGCUGUAAGAGAAGUGUUGAAGAUCUAAUGAAACCAACUCAACAUAUUGACAAGGUAAUGCAUUCUUUAUCAAAUGAGGAAAUUCAGAAAAACCGUUUGCGUCUAAAGACCACCAUUAUGAGUGUUAAGUGGUUAGCACUUCAAAGUUGUUCCUUUAGAGGCCAUGAUGAAUCUCCAUCUUCAUUGAAUCGUGGGAAUUUCAUUGAACUGGUGGAUGCAUUUGGAAAAAUGAAUAUUGAAGUAGGAAAAAUUGUAUUGGGUAAUGCUCCCAAAAAUGCUACAUACACAUUUCCAGACAUUCAAAAAGAAAUUUUGAACAUUAUGGCCAACAAAGUCCGACAAACAAAUUGUGGCGAAAUUGGGGUUGCAAAAUUUAGUAUUCUUGUUGAUGAAGCACGAGAUGAAUCUUCACAAGAACAAAUGGCCAUUAUCCUGAGGUUCGUCAGAAGUAAUGGAAUUUUGACAGGGCGUUUUUUUGCAAUUAAAAGUGUCAGUGACACUACCUCAUUAAAUCUUAAUAAUCAAAUUUCUGAUGUUCUUGUCCGUUUCGACCUCCAAGUGAAAAAUAUGAGAGGCCAAGGGUACGAUGGUGCUAAUAAUAUGCGUGGUUCUUGGAAUGGACUACAUGCAUUAUUUCUUAAAAAUUGUCCAUAUGCAUUCUAUGUCCAUUGUUUUGCCCACCGUUUACAACUCACAUUGAUUUCUGCAGUUAGGGAUGUCUCAGAUAUUAAUUCAUUUUUUUCUCAUUUGGAUAGUGUUAUUAAUAUGAUUACAUCAUCUCCUAAGCGCAUCAAUGAGUUGAAAAGUACUCGUUGGCCUUCUCAUUACAGCUCUGUAAAGAGUUUGAUUGAUAUGUAUGCUGCAACUUGCAAGGUGCUUGAGUAUCUUAGUGAUCAUUCUCCAAAUACCCUUCAGAAGAAAACUCAAGACAUCUUGACUGCUAUGAGAUUUGUCUGUACUACAAAAACUAUCCUUCAAACAUUGAGAGAAGAUGGCUGGGAAGAAUUUCUUGAAGAGGUGAAAUGUUUUUGCUCAAAAAAUGAUAUACAUGUACCUGACUUUGAUGCUUCGUAUAUGGUUGGUCGUUCUUGUGGUCGUGAGUAUCCUACCGUUGAACAUCACUAUCACUUUGAUAUUUUUAAUGCAGCCAUUGAUUUUCUGAUGAUGGAGUUAGAUACAAGAUUUAAUGAGACAUCAUUAGAACUCCUUUCUCUCAGUGCAGCUUUGGAUCAAAAAGAUUCUUUUGAAUCAUUUAACAUUGAUAAUAUUUGCAAGCUUGCAGAGAAGUUUUAUCCCGAAAAUUUUUCACAGCAAGAUAUUUAUUGUUUGAAAGUUGAGUUGCAACAUUAUCAGAAUGAUGUGAUUUUCGAACCUCGAUUUCAAGUACCUACACUUUCUGAUUUAUGUCGAGAAUUGGUUGCAAGUAGAAGGUCGGAGAGUUACGUCGUUUUGACUAAAUUGAUUUGUUUAGUACUCACACUACCUAUUUCAACGGCGACUGUGGAGCGAGCAUUUUCAGCAAUGAAACAUGUGAAGACGAAAAUUCGUAACAAAAUGGAUGAUGGCUUUCUUGCUGAUUGUUUAACACUAAAUAUUGAGCGAGAAUUUAGUAUGAAUUUAGAUCUAGAUUCUAUAGUAGAUGAAUUUUAUGCUUUAAAACAUCGUCGGGUACAACUACAAUAG